UUCAGCUGACUUCUUGGUUCGUUUUCAGCUCAUCACCAUGCAAAGCAGAGAUUCCUCUGCCACCAUGAAACUGUUGAUUCUUUGCUGUGUUCUGAGCACCGCUCUUGCUGUCCCCGUUCGCCGGUCACUUGCCAGCAAAGAGCGUCUCCCCAUCUUGAUUUCUCAGGGGACUCCGCUACUUCCACGGUUAACAGGAUUUAUGCAAUGGCCUCAGAUGCAAGGAUUUGUACCAUUUACUCAACAAGCGGUACCAGCAGCAGUACCUCAGCAAGCAGCACAGUAUGCUCCAUGGUGGAACGGUAAUUUUCCUGAACUUUACCAAAACUUCUAUGGAUUUCCUGUGGGGGGUAGGCCACCACUUGUCGGGGGCAUGCCACCUCCUGUUGGGGGAAUGCCACCACCUGUUGGGGGCAUGCCACCUCCUGUCGGCGGAAGGCCACCAGCUGUCGGGAAAUAGCAUCCCAGCUGAAGAACCUUGUCAAGGUGACACCAAGAACAUAGAAGAUCUCCUUGAGCUGGUCCAUCACCCUUCAACAUCCCUGCUUUCAAUACUUUUUGUGUUUCCAGAAACGUAGUUACUUAGUUUAAGGAGCU